AUGUACUUGGGUCCAAGCGCGGAUCACAAGGCGUGGCGUGUGUGGGACUUGGAGCACGGGAAACUCGUGGUGUCGCGCGACGUGGUGUUCUAUGAAGACACCUUCCCGUCCAAGUCAAUGAACGUGCCCUCGGUCAUCAUCGUUCCUCCUCCCUUGGAUGCCGCGGAUGAGGCGGAUGAAGCUCCUACGGCUCCUCCUCCUAGUACGAGUGAGGGGGAGAAUGGAUCGGGUGCGGUUGGAAGCAGAACGGUUUCUUUCAAGGACGGGCUGCUCUACAGCUACAAGCACACGUCCAACGGCUUCGCCGCGCGCCUCAUGCCGCGCCAGGCAUGGCGGCUGCAGCGCCACCCCGCCGUGGCGUCCGUGCGCGCCAGCCGCGUGUUCCGCCGGCAGACCAGCGACUCGCCGCAGUUCCUGGGGCUGCCCGGGAAGGUGUGGCCGGCAGUGGGCGGGCAGAGCAAGGCGGGCGAGGGCACGGUGGUGGGGAUCGUGGACACGGGUAUCUGGCCCGAACACCCGUCCUUCAGCGAUAAGGGCCUCUCCUCGCAGCUGCCCGCGGGGUGGAAGGGCAAGUGCGAGCAGUCGAGCUCGUUCCGGUGCAACAACAAGGUGAUCGGCGCCAAGGCCUUCUACGCCGGCUUCCAGCAGAGCAGCGGCCGGCCCGUUCUGAGCAACGACUGGCUCACGCCGCGAGAUGCGGACGGCCAUGGCACGUGGUGCGCGGGGGCGGCCGCGGGGAACCCCGUGAGCGUCAUGGCGCCGGCAGCGCGCAUUGCGGCGUACAAGGUCUUCUGGACGGACGGCAACGGGGAUAUGUACGCCACGGAAUCAGACAUAAUCGCAGCCGUCAAUCAGGGCGUGGCGGACGGUGUGGAUGUGCUGUCGCUGUCUCUGGGCGGCGUGAAUCCCGACGACAACUAUUUCAACGACCUCUCUUUCAUGCGCGCCAAUGCUGCCGGCGUGUUUGUCGCCUUUGCUGCCAGCAACGCCGGGCCGCCCGGGCGUGGUGGGUUCUUCCGCACGUUGGACAACUUCGCCCCGUUCUAUCUCACCGUUGGCGCCAGCACCAUUGCCCGCGGCGGCGCCUCCCUCGCCUCAACUGCUGGCGCUCAGUCGCUCGCUCUCAGCGCCAGCACUAACAGCAACAUCAGCUGCAACGGCACUGGCGGCAGCAACAGCACGGACGGCACGGACGGCAGCGGCACCGUUCUUACUGCGGAUGGCGGCAUCACGUUCACCACUGCAUCCUCCUCCGCCCCCGUGGUGGCUGACUUCUCUUCCCGCGGCCCCCUGCUGCAGCCCUCCGCCACGGCCCAGCCCCCCAAGCCAGGCAACGCCAUCUUAAAGCCCGACAUCAUCGGCCCCGGAGUGGACCUCGUAGCCGCUGCUCCCGGCAAGAAACCCGGCGAGCAAGGCGCUCUCGCCCGCAUGUCUGGCACUUCCAUGGCCACCCCGCAUUUAGCCGGGCUAGCUGCUUUAAUCAUCCAGAAGUACCCCAACUGGACCCCGGCGCAGGUGAUGUCAGCACUGAUGACGACGGCGCGGGUGACGGACACGAGCAAGAGCCCGAUCAAGAGUGCGACAGGCGGGGAGGCCACCCCGUGGGAGAUGGGCGCAGGCCAUGUGUUCCCCCCGGCCAUGCUCGACCCCGGGCUUACCUACGAUGCCCGCGACCGCGACUACCAGAAUUUCCUCGCCGGGCAGGAUCUGAACCGCGCGAAAAAGGAGUUCCCAGGGGUGUCGCUCUCUCCUCUGGCUGUUCGGAACCUCAACCUGCCCACCAUCACUCUGCCUCGCCUGUAG